AACGGCACAAAGUCCGUCAUGACUGGCUUGAUGAUAUUGUCACCACCUGGUGUCAACGCGUUGUGCAGUCAUCCUCACCAGCGAGCGGUUGCCAGGAUCACCAAAGCAGAGAGGAAGCCCACCUUCAGCACAGGCGGACUUCUGGUCGCUGCUUUGGCUGCAAGGUCUUGGCGGCGGGCGCGAUUGCGGCUGGUGUGCCGGGCCCUGGCCACGAAGGCAGAGGCGGAGCUGCUGGAAGAGCUCCGGGAAGCAGAGCCCGGCGCGGCCAGGACCUUCAGGUUGAAGGGGCGGGACGUGAAGGAGCUGACCAAGGCUGCGAAGGAGCUGGGCCUCGCCACCUGCCGCGAGGGAUCCACACGAGAUUUGGUGGUCUACAAGUCCGGCACCGAGCUCCUCUAUGGGCCUGUGCCCUACGGCUUCGAUGAGCUCGGGCUGCACAGGGUGCUUGUGGCCGCACUGCAGCGCUGGACGCCUCCACUGCAUCAGGCGACCCACGUCCAGGCUUCGGCGAUCCCUAAGCUACUGGAGGGUCGGGACGUUUGCAUUCAAGCGGAGACCGGCUCUGGCAAGACUUUGGCCUAUCUGCUCCCCGCGGCCCACGUGGCAGUGGAGCGCACCUAUGGCGAAGAUGCGCAGGAUGAGGACUUGGACGAGGAGGUGCUAGCCGCGCAGGCGGAAGCCUCGGAGCACACCAAGGCCCAUGCCUGGAAGGAGGAGCUGGAUGAUGAGCCAAGCACCAGCGUGUGCUACAGGGUAGAGCGCACUGUAGACCCCCGGGAGACGAGACUCGCCUCCCGGCCGGAGAAAUACGCCACGCCCACGGGGAAGCGCUUGCACCGUGGUGAUGAGUUCAUGAGCAGGAGCGUCGCUGGCUCCGCCCUGGGGCUGCAGUUUAUCGAGCUGGCGGACGGGAGGGGCUGGUACCCCUGGGACCGUGCCGACCUGGCGCAGAGGUUUGGCCUGACGGCCGUGCAGUACGCCCGGGGCCAGCGUGUGGAGGCCAAGGAGGACAUCGCCUACAGCUCGGGGGAUGUCAUCAAGUGCGGGCAGAAGGGCACUAUCCGGCGGCUGCUGCCCUACGUGGGCGUGCGCUGGGAUGGCCUUGAGGGCGUGAAGGCCAUCCCCACACCCAGGAAGAUGCUGCAAGACGAGAGGAAGGUGCUGACGACCAAGAAGAAGUGGGCAAGCUGUGCACCGGACACGCUGAUUUUGACAGCGACCCGGGAACUCUGCGAGCAGGUGGCGGAUGUGGCGCGCACGUUGGGAUCGCUGAUGCCGGAGAAGGUGCAGGAGAACUGGAAGGUGGCGGUGGCGGUGGGGGCGCCUCCGGGCGUGGGCAAGCGCCUGAAGCGCAGCAGCGAGGAGUGGCCUUUUCCCAAAGGCGAUGAGCGGCCGGACGUGGUGGUCUCCACCCCGGAGUUCAUGGGCUACUUCUUCCACAAGAAGCACAUCUCCCUCUGGGCCAACAUCCGGUACAUUGUCUAUGACGAGGUGGACAAUCUCGUCUCGGGCACCGUUGCGAAGCUCAUCGAGCGGGUGAAGGUGAUGCUGCUGCGGGCCCAGCGCACCGAGGGUGCCAAAGUGCAGACUGCGCUGGUGAGCUGUGUGAUGCCGAACCAGGGCGGCAAGUCCACGCGGAUGCUGAUCGGCAGAUGGAUGCCCCACGCGCUGCGGGAAGCCGAGAGGCCAGACUUGCUGCAUCGUAACCACCCCAUGGUGCCCAUGAAGUGGAAGUACGUGCCCGAGGGCUUCGACGAGAAGGUGAAGCUCCUCUUGCAGCAUUUGUACACGGAAGUCGGCGUCCAGAAGGCGAAGGGCCACAAAUAUGUGCAGCAGAAGACCUUGAUCUUUUGCAAUAGCACGCAGACAGCUGCGGAGCUGGCGGAGCUGCUGGCCACCACCCACAACUUCCGGAAGAUCGGCAUCUUCGUGAAGCAGAUCGGCAACGACGAGCGGCGCAAGCGCUUGCGCCUCUUCCGGGAGGGCGAGGUGACUUUGAUGGUCUCCACUGACCUGCUGGCACGGGGCAUUGACAUUCCCGACCUCACCAAUGUGAUUCAGUUCGACUUCGCCAGGAAUGUCGUCAACCACCUGCUGCGCUCGGGCCGCGUGAGCCGCGCCGGGUCCCGGGGCCGGGUCUUCAACAUGUACGACGACGGGGACCAGGGCGGAAAGGACUUAGCGGAGGCGAUCCAGGAGCUGGGCACUGCGCCUUUGGACGGUCUCUUCAGCCGGCGCCGGGGCUUCCGACACAUGCUGCAACGCACGGAGGCGUUCCGUCAGAUGCUGCUGACGCAGGGCCUGUCGCUGCCAGCCCACCUGCAGGCGGCCCCGGAGCCGGUUCCGCAGCUGGGCCUGCGCAGCGAGGCGGAGGCGCAGGCGGCGCUUGAGUCUUUGGAGCAAGAGGAUGGGGAGAAUCUCGCCCCUUUGUUCAAGCCCAUGAAAAAGGGUCGCCGAAGUCUGCCCAGGAGCCGGAGGAAUCCACGGAGGCCUACGGCCAGUUCAUGGAGAGCGACGCGGAGAAAGACGCAGAGUUCAACGAGAUGAUGGAGGCACUGGAUGAGAGCGAAGUGGACGAAGCGGACAGCCAGACGUGAAGCUCGGCCCAGCGAAUUUCGAGCAAUUAGGGUCUUCACGUUCAAGGCGUGCGGUUGGGGUGUCUUUCUUUGAGGGUAC